AUGACAGUAUUUGAUGUAUCUAGGAAUGCAUUCACUGGACGCAUAGCAUCUACGUGGCCUCCAGAUCUUCAGCUCCUGAUGGUAAAUAACAAUUCUCUAGUUGGCAAUAUUCCAUCAAGUUUGUGCAAUUUAACACACCUUGAAAAGUUAGAUCUGUCAAACAACAAAUUGAAUGGCAGCAUUCCUUCAUGCUUUGCCAACUAUAAAAUAAUUCAAGUGUUAAAUUUGGGGCAUAAUAGGUUGGAUGGAAGCAUACCCCAUGGGGUAUGCUCCUCCUCUUUAAUUGUCAGAAAUAAUAAGCUAAGUGGAGCCUUCCCUGUGUCAAUCAUCAAUUGUAAGACAUUACAGGUACUAGAUAUUGGGUAUAACAGAUUUGUUGGGGAUAUUCCAUGGUCUCUUGGAAAUCUAUCAGCCCUUAAAGUGUUGAUGAUGAAUGAUAACUGUUUCAGAGGCAGCAUUCCUUCAGAAAUUGUCCAACUCAAGCAGCUCCAGAUCUUAGACCUUUCGUCUAACAAUAUAUCAGGUGAAAUUCCACAAAGCGUUGGAUCUCUACAAGCAAUGAGUGUAGCAAGAGAAGAUGGCCAUAUAUUAUCUGCUCAGUUGAACCCUUUUCAUGUAAUUACAAAAGACAAUGGCGUUAAGUCAUAUUCUGGGAUUGGCCCUAUUGAGUCAAUUGUAUAUCAAGUUCCGUCUCAUGAUGAAUUUGACAUGACUGUGAAAGGCGUAAAGCUGAACUAUCCAUAUAUUUUUUCGACAUUCACAGCCAUAGAUCUCUCUAAUAAUCAAUUCAAUGGAAAGAUUCCGUUGGAUUUUGGAAAGUUGAAGGGUUUGAGGUAUCUCAAUCUAUCAAUGAAUAAUCUCAGUGGAAAUAUUCCACCCAGUUUGGGGGGAAUGAGUCAACUAGAGUCAUUGGAUCUUUCUACAAACAGGCUUUCUGGAAAGAUCCCUGCAGAAAUUCAGCUUGUGACUUCAUUGGCAGUCUUAAAUUUGUCCAACAACAACCUCUCAGGCAGCAUACCUCAAGGACAACAGAUGACCACAUUUCCAAACAUAUCAUAUUCUGGGAAUCCAUAUCUGGAAGGAUGCCCACUUCCAAAGAAAUGUUCUUGGCCAGAGUUUACUCACCAUCCUCCCCCAAAUGAUAUGGAAGACAGAAAUGCAUAUCAUAGAAAGCAAAUACUAUGGUAUUAUAUUGGAGUAGGAUUGUCACAUGUAGCAGGCUAUUGCUGUGUAAUGUUAUUGCUUGCAGUGAGAAGGGGAUGGAGACUGAAAUUCUUCAACUGGGUUGAUAAGGUUUUAAAGUUUUUGUUUCCUUGCAUCCGCAACAGGAGAUUAUGA